AUGUCUUCAAUAGGCUUAGGAAAACCUCCGGUAAUAUAUCCUACUCCAUUGGAUAAUGAUAGAGGAAGUUCGGGGGCUGCGGCUUCUGGAUUCAGCCCCAGUCCUUCACUAAACAAAUCAUUUUCGUCACCUCUUAUACCCAAGUACAACAAACGUAGGGUGAAAAAGUUAGGUAACAAAAGCGUUAUGGCGCCCAAGGGUGCCCUGAAAAUGAGCUUCGUCAAUAAUGGAAAAGACAGUGCCAGUGACAAUGAUGUACAUGGAGGACGGAAAGACUUAAAUCUUGACGAUAACGGGGUUGAUCCAAUAAAAAAAAUGUAUGUGAAGGACACCGAAGAGUAUAAACUUCACUUAAUCCGAAAGAUUUUUCUACCAAAAGUAUCAAUAACUUCAGAUAUCAAGGAUUACUUGCCUGCGUUGACCUCUUCUGGAAGUGUUGAUAUUGAACUAUACUGCUUUAUUGGGUUGUUAUUCAAGAAUUUCAUCAAUGAAUGGUAUUUCAAAAUCACGGAAAAUGAUGAGUUUAUAUCAGAAGUGGUAGACGUCAUGGCCCAUAUUACUAGGGAGCUUGAAACCAGGGUGAGAAAAGUUCGGUUGGAGGAUUUUAUUUUUGACCACGCACCAUAUAUUUUGGACAAUCACCAACAGUUUUAUAAUUAUUGCUUGGAUAACUUGGACUCACAAUAUGUCCAGGAAACGACUAUGAAUGAGGCUUUUGAUGCACUAAACAGCCAUCCGGCCCUCUCAAUGAGAUUUAGGCAAUAUCAUCAUUCGAAGGGUGACGGUUUAAACCAUCGGUCAUCUGACGAUGAUAUUAACCAAAAUUUUACAUUUAAUGAUUCUUUUUAUAAUGAAACUUUGAGGGAGCCUAGGAGUGAUUUAGAGGAAGUUAGCAGACUAGAAGAAAACUAUUUGGGAAUUAUAUCGAAAGGCGCGCUUGCUUUAUUAUUGCCGGUUGAUGUGUCAGACUCGGACUUGGCUCGGUAUUUUGUCAGAAGUGUCAUGGCUAAUAUCGUUUUGAGGAUCCUUACAAAACAAUUAUCUGAACCAGACAUUAUUUAUUCAAUUCUUCUUGGGAUUUUCAGAUCAUUAAAUAAGGACUCGGACAAGUCGGCUGAGGGCCAAAAACACACCAAGAAGGAAGAAAUUGGAGAGAUUCCGCAGACCCUCAAGGGGAAAAUUGUUUCGGUUUUCCGGAAAGUUAGUCAUUUUAUUGCAUACUCUACCAGUACAGGCUCCAAUCAAAAACAGAAGCUUACCAGACCUCCAAUUGCCCAUCGUUAUAUUUUUCAAUUUCUUAAUAACUUGUUCAGUUUUUCUACCGAGAAUCCCGUAUUAUACGUUUUUAUGAAAUAUUUUGCUUUAUGGUUUUUAUCCUACAACAUUGAAGAGAUCAGACAUGCUGAAAAGAUGAAAACUGAAACCAUUAAAACUCGUUCUGAAUCAUCGUCAUCAAGUGCUAGUGGAAACGCAGAAGCAGCUUCUGGAGUGAAAGGUAACAGCAUUUUGCCAAAGUCAAUUUCUGCGAUUGUGAAUGCUAAUUUAUUUGCUCUUAAGAUCAAUCAAAUUAUUUAUAACUUGUUUGGGAAACUUGUGCUCCAGAAGUUUUUCCAGAAUGCCGAAUUUUUGGCAUCACUAGUGAAAACCGCCCGUCAUACGAUCUUUCCAGGAGAUGAUAAGAUGGGGCCACCACGAAAGAUUCCUAAUGAUGAGGAGAUUGAGGAGAUGAAGAUUGAGUUAUUUAAGUUGAUGAAAAAGAAAUUGCCGUUCUGGUUCAAACUUUUAAUCUUCAAUGAAGUUGGAGAAGCCCCAAUCAAUAGUGAGCUGGUUUUUGAGGAUGAUGAAGAUAUGAAUAAUGUUUUCAAUGAUAGAAAAGAUAAAUUCAAAGCUUUGGUCAAGACAAAAACGGACUACAAGUUUUACCGCUUCAUCCAAAGCUUUCAAUACCAAAAGUUUAAUAAAUUGAUGGUUUACAAUUUGAUGGAUCAUUUUUUUCUAGAGCUAUUUCCGGAGAUGAGAGAUUUGACCCCUUCAGUUUUGGAAAGACAUGAUUAA